AUGGCAAAAAAAAAUCAAGCUUGGCACUUAGAGGACACCACAAGUGGAAUUGCAUAUGGUUCUCCCUCCUUGACCAACAUGAUUAAGGAGAACCAAGAAAGAGAUCAAGUAAUUGCAGGGCUUGCCACCAAUGUCAAUGUGUUGACAAAAAUGUUCAGUGAAAGCCAAACGAAGAAGGUAAAUGUGGUGGAAGAUGUUCAACCAUCAUCAAGUGAAGAUUAUGAGGAAGCCAACUAUGUCAAAAACUCUCAAGGAGGAUAUCAAAGGCAACAAUACCAAAGUCAAGGACAACAAAAUCAAUGGAGGCCUAACCCGCGAGGGCAAGGCAACCAACAAUGGCGAAAUGACCAAGGUUCUUCAAGUGAUUCCAAGUUGGAAAGCAUGCUUGAACGGGCAUUGCAAAAUCAAGAGAGGUCCGACACUUCUAUGAGGAAUAUGACCGAGCUUGUUGGUUCGCAUACCGCAUCCAUUCAAAAAUUAGAGAUGCAAAUGAGAGAUCUUUCUAGAGAACAAAAUCCGAAGCAAAAAGGGACACUUCCAAGUGACACAAUUGUGAACCCAAAGGGUAGUGGGAGUGGUCCAACUUCUCAUUUCAUGGCAAUUACUAUUCGGAGUGGGAAGGUUCCGGAAGAGUUGAAAGUUCAAGAAGUGAAUCGGGAAGAGGUAAAGGAAAAGGUAAAAGAGACACCAAAAGGUCUACCACCUAUUUCUAGACCUCCUCCUCCUUUUCCUCAAAGACAUGCUAGGAAGGUUGAUGAUAGAAAACUCGAAAUGUUCCAUGACAUUCUCAAGCAGUUAUCGGUGAAUAUUCCAUUUGUGGAAGCAUUUCAAGAGAUGCCGGGUUUUGCUAAGUAUUUAAAAGACUUGAUUACCAAGAAGAGAACCACCAAAAAUGAAGUAGUGAAUGUGACUCACGGGGUUAGUUCCAUCAUUGCAACAACCACCGUUCAAAAGAAAGAAGACCCGGGAGCUUUCACCAUUCCAUGUACUAUUGGGGCAUAUGAUUUUGCAAGAGCGCUUUGUGAUAAUGGAGCUAGCAUUAACUUAAUGCCUCUUGCUAUUUACAAGAAAGCGAGGUUAGGUAUGCCGAGGCCCACAAGUAUGAGGUUGCAAAUGGCCGAUCGUUCCAUAAAGAGACCGGUGGGAAUUGUCGAUGAUGUGAUUGUGAAAGUGGGAGAGUUCCAUCUACCCUCCGAUUUCUUAAUACUUGAUUGUGCAGUUGACAAAGAGAUCCCUAUCAUCUUGGGGAGACCAUUCCUUGCCACAUGA